CCACAUGAACUAUUUUAGUUUGGUAUUAAUUAUAUCGGUUGCGGCUACCAUGGGGCUGGCACGAACUCCACAUAUUGAUCAGUGUUUUGCGCGAUGUGAACAACUCUACAACUGGUUUCUCCAAAUGUGUCUGCCUAGAAUGGAAGAAAUGGCGUGCUUGGGUAUUGCAUAUAACAAUACGAUAGAUUGCAACUUCAAUUGUAUGGAAGCAGCAGUGUACACCUGCAGCAAUUGUUUUUUAGAGCAGUGAGAUUUGUUUUGUGAGUCGAAUAAGAAC